AUGACUACCAACAAUAGUUUUGACAGUAAUGAUAAUGAUCAACUUACAAUUGGUGAAUCUGAGAUAUCCAUACCUCGCCCAAUUCGAUUUUGGCUUUUAUUACUAUUCGAUAUUCCUUCAAUCAUUUGUUCUUUAUUUUUACUUUUUUAUCUUUUCAUUAACAAAAAUUUACGAUGUCAACUAGUAAAUCAUGCUAUGAUUGUUUUGCUCAUCAUUGGAUUAAUAAUACAAUCCGUCAGUAUACCUUUUCAUCUGAGUUUCUUACAUAUUGGUAUUGUACAACCAUCAAUACCUUUUAUAUGUAUUUUAUGGUGGUUUAUAGACUUAGGUCUAUAUAAUGGAUUUACAAUAAUUAUAGCAUGGAGUUCAAUUCAUCGUUAUUUAUUUAUAUUUCAUGAUCGAAUAUUUUUCCAGAGAAAGAAACGUUUUCUUUUCCAUUAUUUACCUCUCAUCAUUUUGCUUCUAUAUAUAUUGAUUUUUUAUACAAUCGUCAUAAUCUUUCCACCAUGUAUGCAUACAUUUGAUUAUACAUUACCUGUUUGUAAUGAUUAUCCAUGUUAUUUGGAUAAUCUUUUUCUUGGUAUAUGGGAUUCUGUUGUGAAUAGCAUUUUACCAACAUUUAUCUUAUGUAUUCUUAGUGUCACUAUUUUUAUUCGGGUUCAUUAUCAAAAACGACUUGUGGGUCUUCAACGUAAUCAAUGGCGUAGAGAACGUAAAAUGGUAAUUCAAUUAAUUUCUAGUUCUCUUCUAUAUCUUAUUCCAAAUACUCCAUUGAAUCUUAUAAUUUUCGCCCAUCUUUGUGGUCUACCAGAUAACGUAGCGGUUGAUGUGGAACUGUACUUCGAUUUUCUAUGUUAUUUUGCAAUACUUCUAUAUCCUCUGGUAUGUCUUGGUUUUGUAUCUGAGUUACACAAGAAAAUACAAUGGAGAAGGGUAUUUUGGUUCCAGCAGCCACAACAAAAUUCUACAGUCACACCUAAAUAA